AUGGCUGGCUCUAAGGGAAAGGUCUGCCUUGCCUCGACACGUCGACCAUUCUUGCCUGGCUCAUUGAGCAGGAUUACUCCGUCGUGUAAGCAGCCUUCUAUCACCUGCUUUCUUGCCAAUGUCGGUCAGGAGGAGGAUUGGGAUGCCGUCGAGAAGAAGGCUCUUCAGAUUGGUGCUGAGAAGAUGAUCAUCGAGGACAUCACACAAAACUUUGUUGACGAGUUCUGCUGGAAGGCUAUCGCCUGCAAUGCCAUCUACGAGGACCAAUAUCUCCUCGGCACAAGCUUGGCUCGUCCUGCCAUCGCGCGUGCGAUGAUGAAGGCUGCCGCGCGGGAGGGAUGCGAUUACGUCUCUCACGGUUGCACGGGAAAGGGGUUCGCUUCGAGGUACGAACAGACGGCCCACGCUUGCCAUGACUUCACAAACGAGUACGACGGAUACUGA